UUUCACUUAUAAACUGAUUCAAGUUAACACUUCAUAUUAAUCAGCCCCAACAUUAACGAUUUUAUUUAUAUAACAAACAAUUCCUGAUUCAUAUAUUACAAUUUCCAUAUGAUGUAUUUUGCCAUAAAUCUGGCCAAUUUUAUGAAUUAUUAAUCUGGAUUUAUAAUUGUAAAACCUGAUGAGAAAUUAUUGAAAAGAAUAUUCUUCGUUCAUACAAUUGUGUUUUAAUAUAAUGGGAAUUUUUCAGCGAUAGUUUUUUUUAUUAAAAUAACAACAUAGAAUGUGAAAAACUGCUUCUUAUGGGGUAAAAAUAUAUUUGUAUUUUAUCCAUUUUUAAUAUUAUAAACACAGUGCAUAAAUCACUUUAUACUAUGAAAUGUCAACAAGCGUUCGAAUUCGAAUCACUUUCAAAUUAUUGUAAUAUGGUAAAUAUUGCUUCCACAUUGUCAAACCAAUAAAAUUCUUGAAGUAGCUAUGGAUGUACUUUGCAAAACAAAAUUUAUAGUUGGACUUUUAAAACUAUUCUUUAAAUAGAACCACCAAUGCUGAUCUUAAUUAAUGAAAUUCUUGACCAUAGGUUCAGAUAUAAAAUUAUCUGAAUGAUUUUAUCAAAGAAGUUCAGUGUACUAAUAAUAAGACAUCAAUAUUAGACGUGCUUUGGGAUAUUUUCUCUGAAACGUCUAUGAUUGGUUCAUUAUCAACCAAUCAUAACAAAUAGUAUUUAGUAUCUUGCCAAAGCGAUAGUUAUUUAAUGGUUUGUUCAGCAUCGUUCCCUCAAAAUCCAAAUAUACCAUUCUAUUAUGAAUAAAAUACAUUGAGCAUCUCGUAAGAAUGGAAUUAAUUAAUGAAACUAAUUUUUUGAGCUCUAAGGAUAUGAGUACGGAAGAUUUACUAAAACUUUUAUCAAACUGUGCUGAACUGAUCGAAUUACCAAAUAAUAAUACAUAUUUCAUUCAAGACAUUGGAAGUAUGCCAGGUCUUUUCAAACCAAAUUGGGUUGUUCUAUAUAAUGUAGCAUUUGAUGUUUUCUUGGUUGGCUGUAUACUUCUUGCCGGGAUUACUGGCAAUGUCUUGAGUGGAUUCGUUCUAGCACGUGACAGAUCUCAUGGAACAACUAGUUUAAUAUUAACCAGUUUAGCCGUAUUUGAUACAGCAUUUUUAAUAUUAUGCUUCUUUUUCCAAUUUCUGAAAACGUUAUCUUUCUAUAUUUUAUGGUUGUCAUACAUAAACUUCUAUGCGCAUACGAGCAAAAUAUUGUAUGGAUCUGGAAUGGCGGUAAGAAUGAUGAGAAAUUGGACUGUUGUUCUAGUAUCAUUAGAGCGUUGGGUAGCUGUAUGUAAACCGCUUCAUGCACCUAGUAUAUGUACACGGAAAAAAGCGCAUAUUGCUAUAUCACUUAUUGUUAUAUUAUCAUCGCUUUACAAUAUUCCACAUUUUUUUAUUGUUGAUGCAAUGCCAUUAUUGUGUUACUCUAAUGAAGAUAACAAGACAGAUAUUCUACAUUCCGGUUAUUAUAACUUCACGGAAUUACCCAAAGGUAUUCUCAUAUACCAUAGUGCUAUACGGUCAUGGGUGAAUAAUAACUAUGCCUUCAGAUUAAUUUAUCGUCUAAUCAGCUAUACAAUUUUAAUUGUUAUUCUACCUAAUGUUAUCAUUGCUAUUUUUAAUGUGUUACUUAUUCGAGGAAUUAAGUAUGCGAAUCAGAGAAGAGCACAAAUUAUUGCUAGAAUAGAUUGCGCUAACAGACAGUUUGAACAAUGUAGUUAUCAUUCUCUUCACAGAGACUAUCAUCAACAUUCUCAAAAACAACACCCAUCACAUCAUCAUACUAUCCCAAAAUGUUGUCAUGGAGCACCAAGUUCUUCAGAUAAUCAUGCUUAUUUUGUACGUGUUACAAAAUCUAAUCGUUCUCGUACAAUGGAAGUAAAUCGUUUAUGUGUUGGAGUAAUUAUAAUAUAUUUAGUGUGUGAAUUACCAGCUGUUGGAUACCAAAUUAUUUAUCUGAUUAAUCAUCGAAGUUUAAUCGAAAUUAUUCGUCCAGUUACAAAUGCUUUAGUAUGUUUAAAUAGUGGCGUAAACUUUUUUGUUUACGUUUUUCUUGGAAGACGGUUUCGUUCACAGUUGAAAGACUUAUUUAGAAAUUUAAUCAAUAAAUGUGGAAUACAUAAUAAUCAACGGAAAACCACCAAUCCAUCUACUCAUUAUAUGAAUUCAUGGCAUUCACGACAUGAUAUUGUAUCAAUGGAUAAAGAAAGUGAUCAAUUAUUAAUGAAAGAAAAUAAAUCUACAGGACAAAUAAUGAAAUCAGAUUUGAAACCAGCUACUACACGUCUCAGUUUAAGCGCAGCUUAUACACAAACUUCCGUUAUGGAAACAUAAACUGAUAAAUGUAUACAUAACUAAAUAUUGUACAGUUUCACAUUAAAAAAAUGACUAGCAAUUAACUAUUCCAUAACAUUAAAAAUAGAGAUAUUUAUGAUGGAAGUCAUAGAUACUAUUUUUUACAUUUCACACAAAUGAAUUACAUGAAUAAAUUAAUUAUCAUUUCAAUUUAAAUCAAUUGUACAGACAACAAUAAUUAUUUUAAUAGGUAAACAAAAUUAACCAUUGUGUACAAAACACUUGAAGGUUUGUGUUUAAAAAACAACAACAACAGUUGGUAAGAUUUAAAUAUACAUUGUUACUGACUAGGAUACUUGUAUUAACGGUGAUAAAAUUGCUUAGAUUUUGAAAGUGUAGAAUAACAAUAUUAUAGAAUAAUGAUAAUUUAUUAUACUAUUCUGUACUUUUCACCUUGAUAUUGAAAAUGUAUAUUACUGAAUACACUUUU